CUGUCUGGCUACCGACCCGUGGGCAACUCCUGGCGCUUCUACUUCCUCAGCCUCUUCCAGAUGCACAAUGAGACACUCAACGUGUGGAGCCACUUGGCGGCCGGGGUCUUAGUCGUGCUGAGGUUCUCCGUGUUUGCCGUGACGCGUGGAGGGGGUCUGGUGGGCCUGACACUGAAUGGAUCGGAUGGGCUUGGUCUCUACUUGGACCUGUCCUGUUUGCCCCUGGUUUAUUACUUCCUGUCUGCUCUGACCUAUCUGAGCAGCAGCGCUGCUGCCCACUUGCUACAAUCCCACUCUGAGCUGGCCCACUACUCCCUGUUCUUCCUGGACUACUUGGGAGUGGCUGUGUACCAGUACGGCUGUGCCCUGGCCCUAUACUUCUACAGCUCUGAACCCCAUUGGAGACGCAGUGGAGUGGGGGAGGUGUUUCUCCCUGCUGCAGCUCUCCUGGCCUGGCUGUCCUGCGCCUGCUGCUGCUUUGCCAAACUCAGUUACCGACGGCCAUACCCACUGCACCGCAAACUGUGUCAAGUAAUGCCAACUGGUCUGGCGUACCUGCUAGAUAUCAGCCCUGUGGCAAACAGACUGGCCAACAGUACCUGGGGAGAUAAUCCUGUUAUGCUCUUACAUGCCCUGCAGGUGCUGCUUUUCCUCCUGGCAGCUUUCUUCUUCUCCUGCCCUGUUCCCGAGUGCUUCUUUCCCGGGCGCUGUGACCUAAUUGGUCACGGGCACCAGGUUUUCCACUUCCUGGUCUCCCUGUGCACCCUGACCCAACAGGAAGCUGUGUUCGAGGACUUCCUGUCUCGGCGGGCAUCCCUAAUGAGGGAGCAUGGGGAGUGGCGCCUCCUCCUGGCUACCGUGUCAUUUCCUGUCUUGGUGCUCUGCAGCGCGCUGACGGCCGUGGUCAUGAGGAAACAGGUGGAGAGGAGGCUGAUAAAGGAGGACAGAUAGAGAGUGGCAGAGACAGAAUGGGUGUUCUGGAGCAGGAAUGGUUGAAGGACAGGACGUUGUGGACAGAUGUUGUGGACAAUGUGGGAAAUAAGUGGGUCAGAGAGAAAGACUGGUCGAUGAGGGACAUGUGAUUAAUUGCCAGACCAAUGCUGCCUGAAUGUAUGUGAACCCUUUGUGCAAUUAUUGACUUUUUAGUGUUCACUAUGAAAUCUUCUCUAUGAAAUCAAAUCGGUCUCCCUAAAAUUCACAAAAAAGGACAAAAUAGGGCAUGUAAAUUAGUACAUCUUUGCACAAAUUGGGCAUCACUAAAACGCACAUUAAUUUUUGUAAAUGUUUGCAUUAAUUCACUGUGACAGGCCAUGUCAAUUCACAUUUAGUCUUUUUUGUGUGCCCAUAGUGAGGGAAUUCUUUUUUUGAUCUCCUGCUGAUUUUGUA